AUGAUUCUCGUGUUGACCACCAUCCUCAGCGAGCUGAUUCAUUCGCCCAAGUUCAAGGUAUGUCAUUUUGGGCCCUCAGGACAAGUGUCAGGUUUCUGACGUUCUUCCACAUCCUUCUUGCAACAUAUGUUUUGAAUGUGUUGACAAGAAUAGACCGGGAGAGAAAUGUUAUAAGUGCACUUUUUUAAGACCCGUAUUAACGAGUACGCAGACAUUGGGCGUCGCGACAUUUGCGGGCAACCACUUUGCGGGCAGCUGACAUUUUUUGAUUAGAAUAUCUAUUAAGUUCAUCCACUGCUUUCAAAGUUACGGGAGUUUUUUCAAAAAAUGGUAAAAAAAAUGCCUGGAUAAGCUUAUGAUAACUAUUCGAGGCACUUAUACACAUGGAAACUUAAUCCGCGACAUCUAAUCGUCGAGCCCAUCGUUUGAAUUUCCAGCUGUAAGCAAAUUUUGGCUGAUUUCACAACAUGUCAGCAGAAUCUCCGUGGUUUUUUCAAGCUGCCCGCAAGUGUGGGCCGCCAAACAUUGACAUACAUACUGUAAACGCAGUUUUAAAUUCGAAAAAAAUUAUCUUCAACCAAAAAGUUUUAGAAAGAAAAUGAUUUUAAAAAAUUGGAAGAAUUUACUGAUUUGCCGGUGAUUUAUAAUGACGGUAAAUAUCUGUUCUCCUGGCGGAUUGAGGCCUCAAUCAAUCAGCACUUAAAAAUACCGCGAGCCCGAUCUCUGAUGACAUUUUUCUUUUUUUUUUAUCUCAAGUUUCAAAAACACUUUGGGCCGCUUAGAGUCCAGAAGGAAAUUGCGGAUUCUCAAACUACUUUUUAACGGUCUGCUACUCGAGCCUCCAAUUAAUUACUCCGCUUCCGGAUCUGCUUUUACUACCCACGAUUUGAUUACAUUCCCAAUUCUCCUUCUAUUCGGAUUAUGACUUCCAAAAAUUCUCAAAAUUGCAUAAAAAAUCUAUGGUUCUGACUUUGCAUCAAUCUUUUAUUUCGUGACCUAUUUUGGCCAGCCUCUGGCCACGUUUUGUCCCAGUUUAAGGUCUCGCAAAUCUAAUAGCAUCAUCCAGAUUUAUUGGGGAUCUUUCUUUCGUGGCGUUUGUUUCAAUUGUCUGUCGAUUUGUGAGUUAAUUAGAGGUCAUUAAUCAGGUGUUCGGAGAUCUUUGUUCUUUUAGGACAAUUUAUAAUUAUAUUUACAAAAAAGAAAUUGGGAGUGAAAGCAACUUCUGUGGUUAAUAUUUAUUUCAACAUCUUCCAAUAUUGUACCCGAUCUUCACUUUUUUUAUUAUUCUUCUGUGAAUUCUACCAAUUGUCACAAGUCCCGUCUGGUUCCGACCUCAAAAUGCAACAGGCUCGAGUAGCAGGCCAUCAGAAUCCCCGUAGACGCCACGCCAGUAAACACGAUGGGUUACAGAAAGUGAAGCCAAUCUCUCUGCACUGUGGAUUACUUGUCUUCAUCUUUGUCUACGCCUUCGUCGGCGGUCUCAUCUUCACUCAAAUCGAGAUCUCAGCCACCAAAGCCAGAGAUGAGGCGCUGUAUAAAGAACAGACGGAAUGCGUGGCUAGGGUGAGUUUUAUUAUUUAUUAUUGUAUAUAAAACCAAGCCUCGGUAAAACAAAUCGCAAAGAACCAGACAGUUUAUUACAGAAGGGUUUCGCUUCUUUGUUGCAAAGAGGUGUAUUAUAUAAUAAAAUGGCACCAAAAAUACAACUUUUUCCAUGGGUCCUUUCUCUCUUGUUGUAAAUUAAAAUGUUACGCCCUCAUAGCCUGAUCUCAUUUCUUCCAUUCGAAAGUCAGUUUCGACUCAUUAUUAAAUAGUAAUCAUAAUAACCCUUUCAGAAGCUAACUCUCCGCAGCGCCUCCAGUCAGGUCGGCCUGAACCGAACCACUCAGGCUAUUGCGGAAUGUUUUAAGCAGGAAGUUGAUGUCCGAUCUCAAUGGGGUGUCGUCACAGGUACGCUUUACGGGUUUGGGAUCGUCACAACACUCGGCUACAAUCGAAUAGCCCCGAUCACCACGACCGGUCGAUUGGUUUGUGUUCUCUAUGGUCUCCUCGGCAUCCCUGUCACCAUGAUUAUCAUUGCGAAUAUGGGACAAUAUUUUAACAAUUUUGCUACAAUAAUUAAGAAAAAGGUUUGCAAAUUAUCUUUGGACUGGAACAAGUUUCAUCAAAGUAUUAGGCUGGGGAAUAAGUCCGCAACGAUUUCUUUAUUGCCUCGUCCUGCAACGAUUGUUUGUUGUUUGGAAAAGUUUAUAUAUGCAUUCGAAAGAGUUCUGUCUCCUUUACAAAACUGUGUUUUUAGUUUUUUUUGAAAAUUUAAUUUUUAAUUAUUUUUUGGGCUUAAAAGUGAACCAUCUAAGAGGCAAAAAUUUGCGUUUUCGACACCUGCUUUUUUCGCCGAGCAGCACGUGGACGCAAACGGCGGUCUUUGUAUCGAAUCAUCAUCGGGGAUGAAAAUGGUGUCUGUACGUCAAUAUAUAGCAAAAUGUUGACUGUUUGCUGGAGUGGGUGGCCCCAGGGGACAGUCAAGCAAGACCCCACCCAACAAAGGUCAUGAUCUGCAUUUGGGGGACUGGGAAGGCAUGGUGCCUUGGGACAUGCCUUAAAAGAACGCCACUGUCAACAAGGAGCUCUAUGAUGCCCAACUACACCUCGGAAAUGGGGCUAUUCGACUGAAAUCAAAGCCAAGUCGUAUUGCUCCACGAGUCAUCUUGCUCUCAUGUUGCACAAGUCGUCAAAACCGCACUCCAUGAGUUCGAAUGGGAGGUUAUUUAGCAUCCACCAUACUCUCGGACCUUGCGCCAACCGAUUACCACCUUUUCCGCUUUCUGUCACACCAAAUCCGAGGUGAAAAAUUCGAUGGCGAAGAGGACCUCAAAAACUUUUUAAGCCCAAAAAAUUAUAAAAAAUUAAUUUUUCAAAAAAAACUAAAAACACAGUUUUGUAGAGGAGAAAAAACUGUAUCAAAUAAUAUAUAUUCCCUUUGCCAAACAACAAACAAUCCUCGCAAAACAAAACAAUAAAAAGCUCUACGAACUUAUUCCCCAACCUAAUACAUUUGAUUUUGUAUUACUUUAGAUAAUACUUUACCAAACCAACCGACAACGCAGGCUUUCGGCAGCCAAGAUGAAUGAAGAUGAAGUUCCGGAGUCCAGCACGGCCAUGGUUGGACUGGCUUUAUUGGCCUGCUUCAUUAUAUAUGUCAUCCUUGGCGCCAUUUUGUUACCCUUACUCAAUGGAGAGGUAAAAUGACAUAAAAAUAAAUAUUAAUAAUACUUUUUAUCAAAUCUUUUAGUUCGAUUUCUUGAAUGGCAUCUACCACAACUUUAUUUGUCUCACAGCCAUUGAUUUCGGGUCCCUUGUACCCACUCGGGUCGAGUUUUUGCCCAUCACAUUCAUGUAUGUCUGCUUUGGAUUGGCCAUGACUACGAUCGCCAUUCAAGUUGGCAGUGAGUACAUGAAGAAAUUACAUCAUUUGGGACAGAAUCUGAAGAAUGUGGCGCAUACGAAGGUCUGGUUUGGAGGAAAAACGUGA